ACUUCCCUCACAAACAACAAUUAUACAAACACAAUCAUGGCUCCUGUUGGAGGAUCAUCCGAACAUGAUGUUGUCGAAAGUAAGAUGCAAAUGUCAUUUCCAAGUACCUUUACUAAUCAAAAUAAAAAGAACAGGUCAAGGAGAUCAUCCAGGAUCUCUACCAAGUCAUGGUACAAAUCCAAACCUACGGCACCGCAGGCGUACCAACAGCAGGCGUCCUAGAACAACAAAUGUACCUCCCUCAUUCCAUACAAUUUCUCGUCUCCUCGCUCUAACAUAUCCAGGAUUGAUGUCUCCUCCUCUCUCCAGAAAAUACACGCUUCCACCUCCACUGUCCCAUCUAAUCAACCUAAAGUCAAGCUCCCCUCUAUCCCACCAGAGUUGUUCAAAUACGUCGAUAGCGGUCGCAAUCCAGACAUUUAUACGAGAGAGUUUGUGGAGUUGACGAGGAGGGGGAAUCAGUUGAUGAAAGGGAAGGAAGAGGCCUUUGGGAGUUUUCGGGAUGUCCUGGCGCAAGAGAUGGUGAAGGGGAUGCCGGAGUGUAAAGAGGAUGUUAGGAGAAUUCUGGAGGAGACUGGGGGACGAGGGGGUUUGGUUGAUGGUUAAGAAGGGGGUCUUUUGAGCGUGGUGGGCUCCUUUGAAAGUGAUGAAGGAUGUGGCUGGCUUUUCUGGUGUAAUUUUUGUCGCGGAGAAUCUCAGGCUGCUGAACCCUUGCUAUGCGAUCACCCAGAAUACUUGGGAUUUACAGUUCAAGGGCAGAACUUGAGGGAUUAAGGUCUGGAGUUGGCGGUGGAUGGGGCGUUUGAGGCAUUGUGGGCGUUUGGGAUAGGCGUCUGGAAAUUUGGUAUCUGGUGCAAUCUCACCAACUUAUUGCAUGGAGUAUGUUCAGAGUCAUCAUCAGAAUAGGC